UGGAUUAAUAUCGGUCGGGUUAUAUUUGGAUAGAUUUGUGGAUUUAUUCCCAAAAAUCAACGGUUUGCCCAAUAAUAGCUUUAUCGAUUGUUUAUAUUUUGAUUUGAUUUGCUCGAAUGUAGUGUAUUUAACUAAAGUAGAUUGUAAGAGAUUCUUACGUGCUCUGCAGAUUGCUUACGCUUCAGGCAAGGCCCUAUAACGCCAUAGUUUCGUGUGAAAAGACUAUCAAAUUUAUCUUCUAGACUCACUUCUAAGCGUACGUUUACAAAAGCAUGAAGACCUAAUUUUAAAGCCGAUAAUUAAAUUAGAGAAGAGAGGAAAAUCGUAAAGAACAUUGAACGGCGAAAAAGCAAUACGGUGGUAGGGGAACACGUGCGUCACCACUAAUACUGCUACGGCUACUGCUGCAGUUGCGGGAGAAGGGCGACCCCUUUGCUUGUUGAAAUUGAGCAUAAACUUGUGGAAAUGUUUUUGGAUUGAUUUGAGAAGAGAGAAAAGAAAUUCAACUGAGGAAUUAGCUACUGAAAAGCAAUUAAGCUGAUACACGAAGGCGAAUGAAACUAUUAUUUGUGCUUAAAGCAAAAUGUAGUGCCUUUGGAUUGUAAAACUGCUGUGGAUAAGUUUUUUUUUUAACCUUGAAGUAACUUAACCUUACAACGGAAAUAAAUAGCUAACUUAAAAAUCAGUUUAUAAGAAUAACAAUGUCGUUUAUAAAUAAUUUGAAAAAGGUGUUCCACCUUGGCGGUGGUGAGGCGAAGAAAAAACGACUUUACAAUAAUAUCAAGAUGGACACAGACCCUGCGGAAUUUUGGGAAAUGGUGGGUGAGCUGGGUGAUGGCGCUUUUGGCAAAGUAUAUAAAGCGCAACAUAAGGAACAUAGACGCUUCGCAGCGGCUAAACUAUGCACAUUGGAAGAUGAAGAAAAUCUUAGUGAUCACAUGGUAGAAAUUGAUAUUUUAUCAGAGAUAAAACAUCCAAACAUUGUAGAAUUGUAUGAAGCGUUUUCAAUUGAGGAUAAAUUAUGGAUGUUAAUUGAGUAUUGCGAUGGCGGCGCGCUCGACAGUAUAAUGGUGGAAUUAGAAAAGCCGCUGACGGAACCACAAAUUGCCUACGUUUGCCGACACAUGACUGAAGGUCUGAGUUUUUUACAUAAAAAUAAAGUAAUACAUCGUGAUUUAAAAGCUGGAAAUGUACUACUAACAAUGGAGGGCGGUGUUAAAUUAGCUGAUUUUGGCGUGUCGGCCAAAAAUAAGCAUACUCUACAGAAACACGACACAUUUAUAGGCACACCGUAUUGGAUGGCGCCUGAACUUGUGCUCUGCGAAACAUUUCGGGAUAAUCCUUACGACUUAAAAGUGGAUAUCUGGUCACUUGGCAUAACUUUGAUAGAGUUAGCGCAAAUGGAACCACCAAAUAGUGAAAUGUCACCGAUGCGUGUUCUACUAAAAAUACAAAAAAGUGAACCACCAACAUUGGAUCAGCCAUCAAAGUGGAGUAAGGAAUUCAAUGAGUUCCUAAAGAGAGCUUUGGUCAAAGAUCCGCAGCAACGUCCAGGCACAGAUAUUUUAUUACAACAUAGAUUCAUUAAUUGUGAAUUAGACGCUAAACCUAUAAAAGACUUAUUAUUAGAAUAUAAAGCUGAAGUGGUUGAAGAAGUUGUCGACGAUGAUGCUGAGGAACCCCGCAACUCGGCGCUCCGGCUCGACCUGGACGAUGACUCUGCAUCUUUGCAGAGCCAAGAUAUUGACAAACUUCCAGGUACCCCAACAUCAGUAUCUAUGGACUCUAAAGAACCAAAUCAAACAAAUAGUAUACCACAAAGUAAACUAUCACAACAAAGAGGAGUCGCAAGCAAUGUCUCUCCUGUUUUGCAAAACAGUCUUGAAAACAAUAUAUCAUCUUCUAAAGGGGCAAAGGAGGAUGAACAAAAAAUUAGCGUUAAUAAAGCGCCAAAUGAAAACGACACGAGUAAACCGCGUUCACCUGAUGAAGCGCUUAGCAAGCAGCAAACAGUUGUUGCUCCAUCUGCUAUUGAAGCUGAUAAUCUUCCUGAGAAAAGCGUUGACGCUGAUAGGAAGAUCCCUAAAAAAGAAAAGGGUAAGGCACCGCCACCUCCGUCUGCUGCUAUAAUUGCGCCAAAAACGUCUGAAGCACCGCCUGCAAUUAUUGCAGCACACACUGAACCGGAGAAACGGGCCAACGACGAACAUAUUCGCACAGCUGCAGUGGUCAAAGCUGCCGAGCUGUGUGAGAAUGUGGAAAUCGAUGUGCAAGCGCCAGCACUGCAACAGUUCGUUAAUGAACCACAAGAGCAGGUGCAGCCACUGCCAUCUCCGCCUUCGCCAACUACAUCAUCAGCAGCGGUUUCGGUGAAUUCCACUUCUUCGUCGUCUGUAAAAAGCGGCGCCAUGCUAAGCUCGAGCACUUCACUAAUCACUAUAAAUAGCGAGACCUCGCCAUCCAGCACGCCAACUCGUUCACUUAACAAUCAGGCACAGCAUCAGAAUGUCGUUCAACCCAACAGUUUGGACGCUGGUAUCAGCCAAAUAAGAGUUGUAACCAGCACGCAUCCACCAGUCAUCAUUGACAAUUCUGUAGUGCCCGCUGUACCGCCUCAAAGCGAAGUGAUAAUUGUUUCAAAUGAUUUAAACAAAAGCACACAUGUGCCAGAAUCUUCGACUGAUGAUGAUUUCACUUCCUUUGACGACAGUCUUGGCGAUUCGCCGAUAUCGCCACGACAGUCAUCCAUGAUAGUGGCCGUGAGUGAGAAGGGCGCCGAAGAAACGGACAAGGGUGAAAUUGCUGCCGACGCCAAUCAGUCUAUAAUCGGUAAAGGAUCACGGGCACGUAAGCUUGACGAAAGCGAGGUGCUAAUCGUUAGCCCAUCUUUCGUAGAUGACGAUUCUGCCUAUAAUACAGCUACGGGCAGUCAUGAUCAUAGCGAACAUCUGAUGGAUACCAGUCAUGUGUCAGUUGUGACUGUAGGCGAUGAGAUAAAAGUUAAGGACAGUAGUCACCUGAGCAGCGAUCUAUACGAUACAACAUUAAGCAACGACAACAAUAUUCUGAAUAGCCAACGACCAUAUGUAAAGAAUCACCAAAAUGGCCAAAUAAUCACCGGCACACCAACAGAAGAUGUAAAUAUUAUUAUAAACCGCAACACACCACAAGACAUCAGUGUCGCUAAUAAACGGCCCUCACCAGAUAAUAGCGUUGGUUCAGUGGACUCACGAACACUGAGUGAAAGCGGUUCACUGCCCUCAACUGGCGGUGUUAUUCGACGAGCUGUGGGCUUGAAUAUCGCAACAGUUGAUCAGAGUGACGUUGAAAGUAUCGGCACCACAACUAGUCAUGAUAGUCGCAACGAGGCGGAUGCCCCCAUAAUGGGCACUAAGAUACCCGAAGAUGAAGAAGUUGUCAUACGUCGUAAGCAAGGACCAUUAUCACCGAAAAUAGUAGCACCACCCGGUCCGACUAAAGAAGAAAUCGAACUACGUAAUUUGCGUAAGAAAACGCGAAAGCGUACGCGAAAAUUCGAGAUCGAUGGUGUACAAGUGACGACAACCACAAGUCGUGUCAUCUACGGUGACGAAGAGACUGGACGGCUCUAUGAUGAUCAUGUGUUCCGCAAACAAGAACUAAGAGAAUUGAAAAUGUUGCAGAAACAGGAAAAGAAGCAGCAAAACGAUUUGCAAUUAAAGGAACAAAUCGCUAGAGAGCAACAGGAUCGACGCUUCGAACAGGAGCGAAUUUCGCUGGAGAAGACUUAUGAAGCCGAUAUGGAUACCUUGGCAAGACAACAGAAGCAACUAAUUGAGAAGACAGAACAAGCGCAGGAGCAUGAACUGCGAACUUCAUCGAAGCGCAUCCGAUCCGAGCAAGAGCAAGAAUUGAAAAUCUUCCGUGAAAAUUUGAAACAAGAAAUUCGUCUGUUGAAACAAGAAGUAGAUUUGCUGCCCAAAGAUAAACGCAAAGACGAAUUCAAACAACGACGUUCCGCCAUGGAACUGGAUCAUGAAGAGAAGGAGCGGGCUUUCCUAGAUUCGCUCAAAGAACGCCAUGAAUUGCUUCUGCGACGAUUAAGCGAAAAACAUCGCGAUCAUCUUGCCACAAUUAAUCGUAAUUUCCUGCAGCAAAAACAAAAUGCCAUGCGUACACGCGAAGCACUACUGUGGGAGCUGGAAGAGAAGCAAUUGCAUGAACGUCAUCAGCUAGCCAAACGGCAUGUAAAAGAAUUAUGUUUUAUGCAACGCCAUCAGAUGAUUGUGCGACACGAAAAGGAAUUGGAUCAGGUGAAGAAAAUGUUGCAACGCAAGGAGGAGGAUAUGAUUAAAAAGCAAGCUUUAGAGAAGCGAGCGUUGCCGAAGCGAAUUCGCGCAGAGCGCAAGGCACGCGAUUUAAUGUUCCGCGAAUCUUUGCGUAUAUCAACAAAUUUGGAUCCGGAAGUCGAAAGGGAACGACUUAAGAAGUUUCAAGAGCAAGAAAAGAAACGUUAUACGCAAGAGGAGCGACGAUUCGAAAUCAAACAUCAAAAACAGUUGGAGGAAUUGCGCGCAACGCGUGAGGGGGCGAUAAGAGAAUUAGAACAGUUGCAGAAUGAGAAACGAAAAGCUCUGGUCGAACACGAACAUGCCAAAUUGACAGAUAUCGACGAGCGUUUAAAGGCAGAGUUGCGUGAAUGGAAGGAGCAAUUAGUACCUAGAAAGCAGAAGCUUAUCGAUACUCUUAACGAAAUGUCCGAGCGUUUUGAGAAAAAGUACGGUCCAAUACCCGAUCGUGUGCCAUUUACUCACAAAGAUAUUGAGGUGCCACUGCAACUGCGUGGAUUUUUCAAUGAUGCACCACGCUCUCUGCCGCGUGGUCUUUUCCUUAGUGAAAAUCAGAUGCUGCGUUCGCGCACCUAUUUCUCCUUAUCAUCAGAUCCGCGUGCCAAAUUCCACGGUUCCACGCCCGAUUUGAGUCGCAGUGUACCCAACACGCCCAUAUUUCGAAAAUUUGGUAAACUGAAAGAGCGUAGUGAUAGUUUAGCGCUGGACAGCACAACACCCAGACUGCGUGAUGAACGUUUUACGGAUGAAAUCGUUGAGUUGCGACAGGCACAUGGAGUGCUAACGCCACGUUUCGCCUCCGUCGCCGCAGUAGCAGCAGCAGCAGCAUCAGCAGCACCAUCAGCAACGCCAACACCACCAUCAGCCGUCGCCGCCGCCAAGGAUGGUGUGUCGUCAAGUGAUGCCGGCCAAGUGAACACAAUUCAUAUACAUACUCCCACACUGGGCGCCAAUCGGCAAGCGAACUCGGAGAGACCAGUGCUUUCCACAUUCCGCAGCACAAUGCCACCGUCGUCAAGGCACACUGACUCAACAGUUACAUAUGCCACACCAUUUGCUGAUAUUGUAAGCAAUCGUUUUAAUAGAAAAGACAAUUUAAAAACUGAUGAGCCAACAACUACAACAACUGCUAUAACCAAUAAACCAGAGUUGCGUCAGCAAGCGCAAAACCUAUUAUAUUCCUCAUCGUUUGCUAUCAAGCGGCCCUCCCUCUACGGUACGGGUCGCUCCUCGUUAGGCAGUACGCAAUCGCUCUAUGACAUUUAUGAGGGCACAGUACGCUUGAGCACUGAACGCGCUGAGCCUGAUUUUCGUUUGCCAGCCAAAAAAGCGACCGCUCUACUUGACAGUAUUGAACCUUCCUUGCGCGCCUCCAUCAAAUUGGGCAGUGUGCAGGAGGUAAAUAGUUUGGAUGUGGAAGAGGUAAAAUAUACCAUACCACGGAUUGGUAUAGCAGAUAAAAAAUCGAAGAGAAGUGCACCAACUAGUCCUUUAGAAGAGGACUCACUGGCUUAGAGGGGUGCCCGUGUAGAAAAAAUAAUAAUUAAAAUUAAAAUGAUUCUAAACACAAAUAAAACCAAAACACUGAAAAUAUUGAAACAGGAAGCAAAAAAUCUCAUUGCCAUUUAAUGAGAAAAUGUAAAAAAGUUUGUUGGUUUGCAAAUGUACAUAUUAUACUAACUUCCAACUGCAUAUCUACUUUUAUAUAUACAUAUAAAUACCAUAAUCAUAUGAUGCCGCAUUCCACCAGGCAUUAAAUGGACAAAAAAUGUGUGUCAUUUAAAAAAUCACUUGUGGAAAUGCUAAGAGCAUUAGCUACUUUUAUUAACGCAAUCACAGGGAUAUUUUUUAAUGUCCAGCUUUUCAUUAAACAUUUUAUCCAAGUGGAAAUGAGGCAUAAGUGUCUUUGUAUUUGCGCUCACAUUCCACAUUUGUUUGUUUAUAUUGACCAGCAUCUCAUGGCACAUAAUCAGCACAUGGCAUCUAAGUGUAAAUACAUACAUAUGUGGGUUUGUGUGUGUGAAUUUAUAAGAAUUUCUUAAAUUUGGCACCAUUUAAAUAGCAGAAAUUGCAAAAAAUAAGGACAAAGUUAAACGCGAUGUUCUAGCUCUACUGCCCAGAGAGAGUUUUUACGGCUAUGAUAGAUGAAAGUAGAUAACUACAUAUAUCCUUUUUCCAUUACACAUUUCAAGCAAAUUAUUUAAAAAAAAAUCUGCCUGAUUCAGCAUUAGACAUUCUUACCACUUAACAAAACGUACAUUCCUAGAUGGGACUGAUGCUAAUGUUAGAAGAAGUAUGUAUAUGAAUCGUGAAUCAUGCUAAAAAUAUUAGAGACUUGCAGUUUUCAAAAUCUCUGGGAUUCUUGGUAUGAAGCUGUUUACUUGAACAGUUUUGCGUCUAAAAGAUGACAUACUUUAUUAAACGAGUCAAGCUUUCGGACUUAGCUCCGAUCGGAGUAGAUUUACACUGGUUUUUAAAAAUGUUUUAAGUUCAACUGCUCUAUUUGACUUAAAAUCUGCUCCGCAUUCUCUUAACUGCCGUGGAAGGAUAAAAUCCCAAUAAAAUUUGAUAUAUAGAGUUAAAACACGUAGAAAAAUUCAAAGGCCUAAAAUCCGCAUAAUCCUUUAUUGUUUAAUUUAUUAUUAUCGAAUAUGCGAUGUGUUUAUUUAGACUGGAAAAGUUGAAACUAAAAAAAAAAUAUUUUAGACAACUCAGUUAAAUUGUGAAGAUUUUACGAGUACAACUAGUCACGUCAUAGCAAGCUAGCUAAAGCUUUUAAAAGCUCUCUUUAAAAUUUAUGAAUGGAUAACAACAAAAUAAAAGCUUUCGCUUGCCAACACUGGCUUAGAUGGUCUCGAACGAGAAAUAUUUCGAUCCGAAAAGCUUUCGACUAGUAGAAAACCUGAUAGUUUGAAACCAUUUAUUUAUUAUAACAACAUAAAGAACAAAAAGGAGUCAUUGUGUGCCAAACGAGUACUCUGCGGUGGAUGAGCCAAUAAUUUCAUGUUCUCGCUUGAGCUGUUGUCUGAGGUAUCGCAUUGGCUUGGCGCUAAUGAUUCCUCGUCUUGAGCUAUUUCUUAUUUGUGUAAAGAUUUCUGACAAAUAAAUGUUUGUUCUGCGUCUUUUUGAAGGUACUGUCCACAUUACCAAUUUUUUUUGUUUGUUUGGUUAGGCUCACAUUGAACAGAUCACACAGCCGACUGCUGUUUAGAUCCAUUACUUUUCACGCUUGUAUAGGUUAUACACGGCAUUUGACGCAACUCGAUAGAAUUUCUUCAUAUUUUUUCUGCACCAUUUUUUUGAACAACUUACGUGAUCUAGGUUAGCUUAAAUCUCACAUAGAUCUUUAGUUGGAUCUUAGCGUUAGUUAAAUCUUGGUCAUAAUGCAUUCUUUUUGCGAAUUUUGGCAAUUUGCUAGCACUUUGAUCUGCUAUUUACUUCAGUGAGUAGCAUUUUCCGUAAGUUGAACAGACGCUGUAGGAACAAAUUUUGUACCGCCAAAUUGUCAUGCAAUAUCGGUUGUAUGCAAUACAAACCAACAAUCCAGGGGCCUAUUUCAUAAAGCGACAGUAAUAAUUUUGUAACGACAGGCAUUUUCCAUGUUGUCAGUGACAAUUCGACGGUUUGGUAGGUGUUUUGUUUCAUAAAAAAGAUGUCACCACCUCUUAAAUUCCAUGAGAAAUUCCUUGAAAAAAGUGGCAAAUUGUGAUUGACGAGGUUUAAAAUUGUCGCCAGUCAUAUAAAAUUUAUACGAAAAUCAUAUGUAAUAAUUGCAUGUGCAUUAUUUUAGUUUUAAGAAAAAUUCAAAUUUUUGAAAAGUAAUGAAAUGCGGGCAAUUACCAUAUAAAUAAAUUUACAAAACUCUCAUGUGAAAGCUUUCCGACGGAGCUAUUUGCUUUUGUCGCCAUUGUCGCGAAAAUUAUGUCAGAGUGACAAUUGUCAGCAGAUUUGUCGACAAUAUUCCAUAUUAUCACUGUCGGUUUCCAAAAAUUUUCACAGUUGCCUACAAACGUAUAUGAAACAGGAAAAAUAUCGCCGACAAUUCUGGCAGUGAAAUUUUAUAGAAAAAUUGACAAUUGUCGCACUUGUCACUUUUAUGAAAUAGGCCUCAGAAAGCUCCAGCAAUGACCCAAUAGGAAAGUUUAAAUACUUGUCUUAGAGAAAACAGUCAAAACUAAUUUUCAUGCUCACUAUAAAUGAUUUUACAAUAUUUUUUAUGAGUGUAUAGCUCACUAACUAGCAAAAACGAUGGAACACCGAAUUUCUAACUUUGUCCAAAAAUUAGGAAAAUACGCAUACGACAGUUUCAUAAAAAUUUUAAAACUUUUUAAUCAGAAUUCGAGGUAUGCAGUUUUUUAGCUCAUAAAAUUUUAGUACCCUAAGAUGCAAGUACCCAGGAUUUACCGUUGAUUUUUGGUAAU